ACAUCCUGAGCAUGAUCCAAGCCACCGUUCCAGGCAACCAGGUAGGCCUCCAGAUCCGGGAGCACCAAGUCUAAGUAAAAGCAGAACAGUAGAUGUGCUGAAGACAGAACAACGGGUACCUGGACGGAGCCCUUCUUCUAUUAGUCUAAGAGAAUCAAAGUCCAGGACUGAUUUAAAAGAAGAUCAGAAGCCAAGUAUGAUGCCCAGUUUUCUCUCAGAAGCCAAUCCAUUGAGUGCGGUCACUUCAGUUGUGAACAAAUUCAAUCCUUUUGAUUUGAUAUCAGAUUCAGAUGCAGCCCAUGAAGAAGCCGGUAGGAAACAAAAAGUUACCCCAAAAGAGCAAGGGAAACCUGAGGAGCAGAGGGGCCUUGCAAAACAGCCAACUCAACAACAGUCUCCAAAGCCAGCUGUUCAACAGCAAGGACCUGUCAGACCUACCCCCCAGCAAACUGAGUCUUCCAAGCCAGUGCCUCAGCAGCAUCAGCCUGGGGAACCAAAGCCAGUUCAGAAACUAGGCCCUGGUCACCCAGCAGACUCUAAGCUAGAACAAGCAAAACAACCACCCCAGCCACGAGGACCACAGAAGUCUCAGCCCCAACAGUCAGAACCAGCAAAGCCUGUUCAACAACAAACUUCUGCAAAAACAUCAUCAGGCCCAACAAAACCAUCAGCACAGCAACCAGACAAUGCUAGAACAUCAUCCCAAGCACCACCUCCCACAAAACCAUCAUCGCAGCAGCCAGGACCUGCAAAACAACAAUCCCAACAGCCUUCACGGCAAGGAGGUCCUGCAAAGUCAUCUUCCCAGCAGGCAGGACCUCCAAAGCAGCCUUCUCACCAACCUGGACCCGAAAAGCCAUCUGCUCAGCAAACAGGACCUGCAAAGCAGCCAUCACAGCCUGGACCUGGGAAGCAAGCUCCGCAGCAAACGGGGCUUCAAAAACAAGUGCCACCACAGUCAGGGCCUGCAAAACUAUCUUCUCAGACUGCAGGGGCCACAAAGCCCCCAGCACAACCACCGGGACUUACAAAACCACCAGGCCAGCAACCAGGGCCUGAAACCCCCUCACAGCAAAAGCAAGGUGGUGCAACCCAACCCACUGAGUCCACCCCCAAGAAAACCAUCUGUCCUCUUUGCACAACCACUGAACUGCUGCUGCACACUCCAGAAAAGGCCAAUUACAACACGUGCACGCAGUGUCACACUGUGGUCUGCAGCCUGUGUGGAUUCAACCCAAAUCCUCAUAUAACAGAGAUUAAAGAAUGGCUUUGUUUAAACUGCCAGAUGCAAAGAGCCUUAGGUGGUGACCUAGCACCAGGUCAUGGUCCUGGGCCACAGCAACCUCUGCCCAAGCAGAAGACACCCAUUCCACCUUCAACAGUUAAACCAUCUCCACAGCCACAGCCAGUUCAAAAGAAAGAUGCGUCUCCAAGACCUGAUCCUUCGCAGUUAGCAGAACCAAAAAAAACCCUGCCACAGAAAAAGGAACCAUCCUUGCCAGAGUCUCCCCCUGUAAAAUCGAAGCAACCCAAUGAUAAGCCUACUGAGAUCUCUCAGCAAAUAGAUCCUACUCCAAAGUCUGAUCAGGCCAAGCCAACACAGACUGAAGAUCAGAAAAGCCAACCCAGUAUAGAGAAGCCCAAGGCAGACACUGUGCCUACCUCUGCAGCACCAGGGCCGAAACAGGAGUCUGCAGGUCCCAGACCACCACCAACUCAGCAGAAAGGGACAGAUUCCCCAAAGCCAGAGCUUGCCAAGCCAUCACAGGACACACAUCCGACUGGAGAGAAACCAGACUCCAAACCCCUUCCACAAGUGUCUCGACAGAAAUCAGAUCCCAAGCUUGCAUCUCAGCCUGGGGCUAAACCAGAAGCUAAAAGUCAAAAGCCUGUUGAGCCAACACAAACAAAAGAUGGUCCUAAGAAGUUACCAACAAAAGUGGCUCCAAAGCCUGAUACCAAACCAGCUCCAAAGGUCUCACAAGCAGGUGCAGGUCCCAAGCCAGCACCAGCACAGCUGGCGCCUCAACCCCAGGCACCUCAGAAAACUCCUGAGCAGUCAAGGCGUUUCAGCCUUAAUCUGGGAGGCAUCACUGAUGCCCCUAAGCCUCAGCCUACAACACCACAAGAAACAGUUACUGGGAAACUUUUUGGAUUUGGAGCCUCAAUCUUCAGCCAGGCCUCGAACUUAAUUUCCACAACGGGUCAGCCAGGGUCUCAGACAUCAGCCCCCCCUCCGCCUGGUUCUGCAGCAAAGCAGCCCCAGCCUCCAUCACAGCCUCCAGCAUCUCAGGCAGCCCCUAAAGAGACCGGCCAGGCUCAGCCUCAUCCAAAAGCUGUUCCUGUAAAGAAAGAAGCCAAGCCUCUUACGACAGAGAAGUCAGAGCCGUCAAAAGUGGAUAGUGUUUCAACACCUAAAGGAUCUGAUUUAGAAAAGAAACCUGGUUUGGCUAAAGACAGCAAGCCUCAGGCUGCUGAAGCUAAGAAACCUGCUGGGCUGUCGGAACCAGAGAAAGCCAGCCAGCCCGAAGUGUCUUGUCCCCUUUGUAAAACUGGACUGAAUAUUGGUUCUAAGGAUCCCCCCAACUUUAAUACAUGUACGGAGUGCAAGAAGGUUGUGUGCAACCUCUGUGGAUUUAACCCAAUGCCACACAUAGCUGAG